GUGAGGAAAAGAAUUCAGCUACAUUAGGGAUUCUGAACGGUGAAGAAGCCACAUUCCUGUUGCUCAAUUAAGAACAUUCUUUAACUUUCCAGCUACCGUAGAGGUUGUGUUUGGCAAAUAGAAUGGCAUCAGCUGGUUUGCAGAUCCUCGGCCUGGCUCUGUCAGUGAUUGGUUGGAUUGGAGCAAUUGCAUGCUGUGCAAUACCCAUGUGGAAGGUCACUGCUUUCAUUGGCCAAAGCAUAGUGACGGCUCAGACAAUCUGGGAGGGUCUAUGGAUGAAUUGUGUGGUACAGAGCACAGGACAGAUGCAAUGCAAGGUGUAUGAUUCGAUGUUAGCUUUGCCACAAGACCUUCAAGCAGCCCGAGCUCUGACCAUUGUGGUCAUUAUUUUAGCCAUCAUUGGAAUAUUUGCUGCCAUUGUUGGUGGCAACUGCACCAAUUGUGUGGACGAUGAGAACACCAAGGCCAAGAUCUGCAUUGUGGCAGGGAUUCUCUUUGUCCUGUCUGGUGUACUUCUGCUUAUCCCAGUCUGCUGGACUGCAAAUGUUGUCAUCCGUGAUUUCUACAACCAAUUAGUACCUGAAGCCAAUAAACGGGAGCUGGGGACUUCCCUCUACAUUGGCUGGGCAGGUGCUGCACUGCUUCUGAUUGGUGGGGGUCUGCUGUGCUGUAACUGCCCAAAAAAGGACAACCAUUACUCUGCAAAAUACACUGCCAGCAAACCAAGUCAACCAAACUAUGUGUAGUACAUGCCCUACCAGGGACUAUUCAUCAGGAACAGACUUUGGACCUCUUGCGACUUCCCCAUGUCUUUGAACAGUUGAUAUAUAACAGCUGCAAGUUCAUGUUUCUGGAGAUGUUGUGUGUACUAAAGGGACAGAUGUUUUUGUAAAAUAUCUUUUAGAAAGGAAAGAUAAUAUACAGAAAGUGGCUGACUGAUUCAAGGAAAGAAGCAAAACUAUCUCCUUAUUGGGUCUUGCUGUGUGACCACAAGAAGCAGCACUCUAAGAUUAGCGUCUUUCACCAUGACUCAAGAUCAGUAUGAUUCAAAUCAGCUGUCCUACCCACAUUCUGACCAUAAGCAUGUGAGAUCACCUCCCAGCAUUCAGUGCUCUCUUUCUACAAAUUAAUGUUACAGCAGGGCUUUUAUGAAGGAGUGUGAUGUCAUGCUAAGCUGAUGCAUUGUAUUAUUGUAAACUCCAAAAACUGUGUAAUAGGAUUGCUGUUACCAUGCUGAUAAAACAGGUCAUCAUUUGUUACUGAAGUGCAUUUUCUUUAAUAAACAGAAGAGAAAACUGCACUGAAUGCUAUGGAAAGUUUGAAACUGGGGAUUCAAUGUGAUUAUGCAACCAUAUAUGUCUUUUUCCCUGUAAUUUCAUUAGUUGCAAACUGUGGGCCCUACAGACAUGCAUCAGGGGAUAAAAGUGACACAUUCUGUGCAUUAGUUCCAGGCAUACAAAAUAUACCUGCAAUGUGAAACAAUUACCAUUGUCUGUUGUCAUACUCAUAAAUAUGUUGACCUUACCACGGUAUCAGUGAAUUACUAAGAGGCAGGUGACUGCUUUUUAUUACGUUACAUUUCCAGUAAACCGCCUCAAUUACAUCUGCUCCCUUACUUGUUUGUUAAUUAAUCACAUCAUGUGUAUUAUAAAGAGUAAUGGAUACGUAACACAGCACAGAUGGGCUUGCAGUCACCCCUCAGUUUAGUCUGCUAAAGAUAACCCUCUUAUUAUUGCAGUGGCACACCGGUACCCUCUUGUUGUGAGUCCAGUUCAGGCAUAAAACAUUUAUUUUCCAUUACCCUGAAUAUUAUAUGCCUUACUGAACUGUAAGUAAUGACUUCCAACAGAGAAAUGUAUUUUCCAUUGGUGUAUUUAUUUUAUAUCAUUAUGCAGUUAUACUUAUGUGCAAUUAAUGACUGUUUUAGGGUUAUUCAGGUGAGAAACACAGCUUUUUUUGUGAAGUUAUUUAGGUAAGAUGUACAAUGUUGUACCUAACAUGAUGUGUUGUGAAACUUUAAAAAAUGUACUGAUCAGUGUGACUUUUGUAUUUUUGUAAUAAUAGGAAAUAUUAUUCUAUAUAUGUAAAAUAUGUACUUUUAUAUGGACUACAUAUAUUUGUGAUAUAUGUUCUUGUGUACAAAACUAAUAAAUAUUUUAUUUAACUGUGA